AUAAAUGUUAGCAUGGAAAAAGUGACAUCUGCUCCUCCAGUGCAAGAAGUGGUGCCUUCUGCAACAAUGCCAACUGCUUUGGAAGAGACAGUACCUGUUGCCUUGAAGGAUAUAUUUGUUGUGAGAGAAGCAUUGGCAUCUGUGCCCAUUGAAGAACUCACACGUGUUGUCGUGGAAGACAUAGUACCUUGUGCAGCAUCUGAAGUUGCAAAAGCAGCAGCUGCUGAAACACCGAUAGCAGAGUCAAAUGCAUCCUCUGCUUCUGCAGAACCCAGCACUUCAGAAUUAGCCGAGUCUGUAGAAGACAAAACCACUAAGAAGUCUCCAUCCCCUUCAAGACGACCAAAGACAAGGUCACAGACACGAACCUCAACCCAGAACCAAGCACCUUUGCAGACCAGGUACCAAACAAGGAGAAGUCUGAAGGCUGCUGAUGUGAGUUUUCUACAACUUCCUGAGGAGGACCAAAUAACAAAGGAUAUAAAAGAAGAACCUGUUAAACUGGUGGAAGAAUCCGAAGCUACGAUGGCAUCCAUUAGCUUGUCUCAUGAGGAGAUUUCAUCUUCCUUUGUGGCAACAUGUUCAAAGGAGGCAGCAUCCUCCUCGGUUGUGGAAUCUGAGGCAGAUGUGUCCUCAGAGACUGAAGGUCUUCGUCACCUUUCUGUCCUUACCAGAAGCAGAAGUGCAGCAGUGGCACACAUCCCAAAAGAGAGCAACACUUCUGUGCCAGAAAAACACUUGAAACUGCCAGAGACCACUCACUGUGUGUUAGAUCUUACUAAACCUCCUGUGGACAGCAGUGUUUCUUUUGAGGAUGAUGUUGAGGUGGAGUCAUCUUCUAGCACAAUAGCAGAAAGCCUACCAGCAGCAAACAAUGAGGCCAUUGCAGCACAAAGCCCAGCAAACUCAGAGGCUUCUGAUGAUACCAUUAUUGUUGAAAGUAGCGAGGCCAUAAGCUCAGAGGCAGAGGCUCAGUUAGUGAAAUCACAUCCAUCUUAUGUUGAAAUUGACCCCGAAGAGAGUGCACUUAAUCUUACCAUAGCCUCUCCUAUCCUGAAAGCUGGUAGCUGCCGCAGUGUUGUGCAGACAGAGCCAGAAGACUUAAGAGCACCAGCCAUGCCACAGGACCUCAGUACUUCUGGCUGCUCCAGAAGCAGGGCUGUCCUAGACAUGCCCAUGGAUUUGUCUGUCCGUCUUGCCACUUCCGAGUCAGCAGCCUCAUUGCUGUCCAUCAGCACAACCAUGUCAGAAGACGUGCAGGGCUUCUCAGAGACGCAGUCUUCUCCCCCAGCCCCUAUCUCUUCUUCAGACAUUCUGCAGCGCACCGAUUCCAUGGACUCGUCAACAGUCAAAGACACACUUUUGUGUGGCACUUCAGGCUUUGGUCCCUCCUCCAGCAGACUUUCACUUGACCAGGAUCUUGCACUGGAGGCAUCCCUUAUGGAGGACCAGUCUGAUGAAAUGCCUGGCUCAUCCCCAGGAUUGGGGGUUGAUGCUGAAGGGGAUCCAGUGGAUUUUUCACUGGCACCCAUUGAUUUUGAGGAGUUAGCUGAUUUAGAUGAUGCCCCUAGUGCUGUUCCUGUUGAGGACAGUGGGGAGAGGGAAGAAGCUGUGGACAGUACAUACUCUGAUGUGGAAGAGACAGGUCAGAUGAAAGCAGAUAAUACUGUAUAGUUCAUAGAUCAUGAAGGUGGAACAUACCAGUUGUUUCAAUAAAGAACAUUCACUGUGUGCUUGCAUUUAUUAUAUGGCCAUGUCGUUUUGUUUCCUUUGUUCUGUGAGUAUCAUUGUUGUCCAGUCAUUUGGUUUUCACCGAGCAGAGUUGGUGUGAAAUGGGAAGUUCUUAUCCCCUUUACCAUCAGAAUGAAUGCAGAGGAAAUUGUAAAUAUUUGAAACUGUACGUAUGCUUUGUUACCAUCUUAGUGGAAUGUGUUGACAGUUCCUCUGCCUGUCUGACAGACAUGGAAGUGUCUUCUAAUUAUAAUGAUUCAUUCUUGAACCUUUUUUAUGACACUUACUUCCCCAAACUUCCCCUUCCCUUUUUUGGAGGUGGGUUGGGGUAGUAGGUUGAGGGGAAAUGGUCCAAGGAGAAAACAGGAAAGAGUUGUGUCGUAACUUUUAUUUGAAACAUGGUACUUCUGAUGUUAGCAUUUACAGUUGAAGUCACUUAAGGUCUUAAAGUUUUACAGUAUAUUACAUUUUUUAAAACUAUCGCAGAUAAGGUCGCCAUGAUAGUUUGUUGAUGAAAAUGUUAGUUCGUUCAAGCUGUGGUAUCAUUUAAUUUUAUUUCACAUUUCAUGACCAUAUUACAUAAACUGUCUCCAAACACAUUAACUUUGCAUCCAUAACUCCACAGUUAGUGUUUUACAUUAGAAAAUUGCUUGUAUUUUGUUACAAGCUGAUAAUCGUUUCAGUGACUUCAGCUGCUUGACUGAAGCCCAUGUAAGAUCAUGUACAUUGAAUGUUCAGUGAAUUGAUAAUAAAACAUUUGCUUUGAAUUUUAAUAAAACUUACUGCACAAAGUAA